AUGUCAGAAAUUCAGUCUAGAGAUAUAUACCAUGGCCUCCCAGUAAUUUCUAAAGAUAUCAAACGCCUUACAGCCAUUGUAACGGGAGCCAAUGGUAUUUCUGGCAAUCAUCAGCUCAAAGUCCUGUGUGAAAACCCUCGUCGGUGGCAGAAGAUUUACGCUCUGUCAAGAAGGCCGCCGCAUGGCUCAUGGCCCGAGCAUGUCGAGCAUAUCUCACUUGAUUUAUUACAGUCACCGGAAAAUAUCGCAGCAGAAUUGGCUAAGAGAGGGGUUCGCGCAGAUUACGUCUUCUUUUUUGCCUAUGCCCAACCGACUCCGAAGGACGGGGAAGCGGUUUGGAGUACAGACGAGUUGGUAGUUGUGAACAAAAAACUGCUCUUCAACUUCCUUGACGGCCUGGAAUUGAACAACACAAUCCCAAAGCGUGUGUUGUUACAGCUAGGCGGCAAGUAUUAUGGUAUGCAUCUCGGUCCUACGAGCAGCCCACAAGAGGAAUCAGAUCCUCGCGUCCCGGGCGGGCUCAACUUCUACUACGAGCAGGAAGACUAUCUGAAAGCCUUCGCCGAGAAACAUCAAAUCGGCUGGAACACUACCCGACCGUCGCACAUUGCCGGAGCAGUGCCAGAUGCCGCCAUGAACCUGUGUUACCCCUUGGCGAUCUACGCCACGGUCCAGAAAUAUCUCAACCAGCCUCUGGAAUACCCCAGCGACAUCAAGGCGUGGGAGGCAGUUGUGGCCAUCUCAAGCGCACGGGCGAAUGGAUACCUCGCAGAGUGGAUCGUGCUGACGGAGCAGGCCAAAGACGAGAGCUUCAAUGCGUCCGACGAUUGCCUCUUCACAUGGGAGAAGUUUUGGCCAAAGCUCGCUGAGCGGUUCCAAAUGCCUUGGACGGGUCCCGAUACAAGCGACGAAGCUUCAUAUGAGACCGUGAUCAUGCCACAUGAUCCACCGCGUGGUUAUGGUCCGCCCGGCGCGUUCCGGUACCGUUUUAGACUUGCGAGUUGGGCGAAGAGGCCAGAGGUUCAAAAGGCGUGGGCGGAGAUUGCGGAGAAGAGUGGGCUGGACGAAAAGGAGUUUCGGGAUAUUGACCGCGUCUUUGGCUUUACUGACAUUGCUAUCGCUAUGAAUUAUUCGGUUUGUUUGAGGUAA